AUGUGUAUCUUUAUGCUGUGCGUGUACUGGCAGGCGAUACAACGCGAGUUUUGCAAGGUUCCCGCGCCGUCCUUUUUAGUGUACUACCGCUUGCGCCUAACUGCCUCUCCUCAAGCGCCUUUCUGCGCCCCCGAUGCCAUUGCGAGCGACGAUGCCACUGCCUCCCCCAGAUCUGCGGCUGCCGAGAGCAGUCCGAAGCGUCAAGGGCAGAGGUCGGCGGGUUGCUGCGCAGAGCAUGGCGCUGAGGAUGCGAAGAAGGAGGCCUGCAAGGGGCAGCAGCAGCACAGAAGUGCUGAAGGGCCGCUGCCGACAGGCGGAACGGUCGGCGAAUUGCAAAGCGGAGAAAAAGGGAAGGAUCGAUUCAUCGCGCUGGCGCGUUUCGCGGUGAUCGCUAGUAAGGGGCAGCAAGAGUGGCUAUCGUCGGGCAAUGACGAUCGCUCACAGUUCUUCAAAGCCGAGAUGAUGCGCCUCGAAGAAUGGCUUAAAAAGUCACAUGUAAACCACCCAGACUUCAACUCUUUCAGAACUGGUACUGUCAAACGGUAA